CUUAGAGUAGGUGGUAAUAUGAACUUGAAGCUUUUAGUCUUAUAUCUCUAUUUAUUCGAACUUCCAUACUGUUUCAUGGGUACUGAUUCUCGUCUCUCAGUCUUCUGGAUUGCUAUAGUAUUGAACGCAAAGUCGAAUAGAAAUGAACAAGUCAUAAAAAAUGCAUCAUUGUGGGAAUCCAAGCUUCUAGACGUCCUUAAUUACGAUAUCGCACUAAAAUCUAAGUCUUCAAAUUUAUCCGUAACAGAUAACUGUUCUGUUGUGGUUGACCGACUUGAUUUCGACAUUUACAACUCAUACCUGAAACUCUUCUUCUAUGUGUGGAGAAAUAAUGUUUUUCAACCUUCACCCGUAAUUGUUCGUGAAUUGAAUCGAUUGCCGGAAGACUGGCUAGCAGUAAGCUUGGGAAUGCCAAUAGUAGAAAGACCAAAGGUUUACGAUACAGAUGCCUAUGAAAAGGUAGAUGAUUUUAUAUGGGUCAUUGGAAUAGUUACCAGCUGUUUUCUUGGAGUUUUAUUCGUCUGCUGGUUCUUCAUAUUUAUAUAUGCAUAUUUCUUGCAAGCAACUGCAAUGGUUAAAUGGCUACCGAAACCGUCGACUAAAGAUUCUAAGCAAUCACUCUACCGACAAGAAAAGCCGCAAGUAGUUUUUCACCAGAAAGAAUUAAUCGAGAAAAUGGAUUCACAAAUCCAAACUGACAUUUCACAAUCUUCAGAGUUUAUAACAAGUGAAAUCUCCUCUACUCAGAAUCAACCACCGAGUCAAUCGGUGGUGGAUGCGAAAUUACCAGGUCGACUUUCUCCUGUUUCGGAAACAAAUUUAGAAGAGUCUCUGAAAGAUGCAGUUCAUGAUGUAAGUGAUUCCAUUGUCCCCCUGUCUGCGACUCAAAGUCUUUUGCCAAGUGAUCAACAUGUCACUUCGAAUGAAAAGUCUCAUGAAGACAACAAAAAGAAGGAACCAAAGGAAGAUCCGAUCGUAGGAAAUGAAGACGAUUUAUUACAGGAAAAUGAGGGUAACAGCAGUACACAGGCUUUUGGAUCUUUUGAAAAUGUUACACCUUUGAUUAUGUCCAUUCAACCACGUCCAGAGGCAAUACGACUAGCGAAUAUCUUAAAUACUCAGAACAUAGUAUCCAGGAGUUGAAAUAUUCUUUCACGCUCACCUGUGUCGAUAUGAUAUACAUAUACAAAAUUUAUACAAUACAAUGAAGCUGUCUGUAUAUUUUGUCUUCAGACUGAAAGGCAUUGUAGUUGCGCUAGUUAAACAGUAUGAACCAUACACUUUUAUUUUC